CGGAACCGGGAAGGGGAGGUGCGGGCGCGGGCGCCCAUCGCCCCGAGGAGUGAAACUUCCGUGGGAGGCUCCGAGCCGUGUGCGCCUUCCCAGGGCACGCCAGCGACGAACCGAAGGCCAGCGUCCGGCGCUUGGGGCCGCAGAACCUCCUGCAGUCCGGAGAGCCGGGGCUGCCUCCGAGACCCUCGUGCAGCAGCGACCGCGCUGACCGCCAGCCCGGCGGGCUCCCGGACCCCCGCCCGCGCCCUGGACCUCCCGGGGCGGCGUGCCCCCGGGGAGUGACCGCCGGACCUGGGGAGCGGAACUUGGCUGCCGCACCCUCGGGGCUGCUCCGGCGCGCGGUGGAGCCAUGGGGACCGAGCUGGGAGCCCGGGAGGCUGAGCACCGCCGGCCGCUGCACUUGCUGCCCGGAACCCUGCGCGCGCUGCCCGCCUGCCGCGCCGCUUCUCGCCGUUGGAGAGCUGAAUAAAGGAAGGGAGACGCGCCCCGUUAGCGUGGGACCCGGAGGCUGAACCCCUCGUGCAGCGACCUGGAUCCAAGUCGGCAGCGGUGCGCCCAACGGUCACGGGCUCUGGCGAGCGUCCCCUUGGGGAUGAGGUGGAUGGGUCCCACAGCAGGAGAAGGCUCCAAGGACCGAGGGACAGCAGCCCCGGCGGCGCCCUGACGCCCCGAGAAAGGUCUCUCCAACUUGCUCUGCGGAGGCCAACCUGCCCACGCGACCCGGGCCGCCUGGCCGGGAAAGGAGAUGCCUUAGGAGUCCCUGACCCUGCGGCCGGGCUCCUGCGGCUCCUGGACGUCGCGGCACACGGGAGAGUCCCGCGCGGAAAGCGCCGCGAGGGACCGUUAACGAAGAGUCUCGAGGGUCGCCGAGACCGCUCUGCACCUUCUUGGGGUGGUGCCAUGUGGGGCGCACGUCGCGCACCUCCCGCUUCCUGUGGCACCGCCGCUCUGCUCCUGCCGCUGCUGCUGGCUGCCGUGCUGGCGGCGGGGGCGCGGGCCACCGGUGAGUACUGCCACGGCUGGCUCGACGCUCAGGGCGUCUGGCGCAUCGGCUUCCAGUGCCCCGAGCGCUUCGACGGCGGCGAUGCCACCAUCUGCUGCGGCAGCUGCGCGUUGCGCUACUGCUGCUCGAGCGCUGAGGCGCGCUUGGACCAGGGCGGCUGCGAUAACGACCACCAGCAGGGCGCGAGCGAGCCUGGCCGGGCGGACAAAGAAGGCCCUGAUGGCUCGGCAGUUCCCAUCUACGUGCCCUUCCUCAUUGUGGGCUCCGUGUUUGUCGCCUUCAUCAUCUUGGGGUCCCUCGUGGCGGCCUGUUGCUGCAGAUGCCUCCGGCCCAAGCAGGAGCCCCAGCAGAGCCGUGCCCCGGGGGGCAGUCGCUUGAUGGAGACCAUCCCCAUGAUCCCCAGCGCCAGCACCUCCCGGGGCUCGUCCUCCCGCCAGUCCAGCACAGCAGCCAGCUCCAGCUCCAGCGCCAACUCAGGGGCCCGGGCGCCCCCAACACGGUCACAGACCAACUGCUGCUUGCCCGAGGGGACCAUGAACAACGUGUACGUCAACAUGCCCACCAAUUUCUCUGUGCUGAACUGUCAGCAGGCCACCCAGAUAGUGCCACAUCAGGGGCAGUACCUGCAUCCUCCAUAUGUGGGGUACACGGUGCAGCACGACUCCGUGCCCAUGACGCCAGUGCCGCCUUUCAUCGAGGGCCUGCAGCCUGGCUACAGGCAGAUCCAGCCCUCCUUCCCGCACACCAGCAGCGAACAGAAGAUGUACCCCGCAGUGACAGUAUAGCUCACAGCACCCCGGAUUCCUUUACCAGCCUAGGGAGCACUGGGCUGGACGGCUGAGGGGAAAUUCCGCCCCCGGAAUGGGAUUGCCUGUGUGAUUCUUUCGGAUGGCUUCAUUUGCCCCUAAACUGUAUGAAAACAUCUCCGAAUUAGCAUUUCUGGGUAUGUUUCAUUCAGUGUAUCACUGAUUCAUGAUACAAAACGGUAUCUGCCACAGUUACUGCCUGUAUUGUUGUUGAGCAGGUGACAAACGCUUCAGCCCCUAAGUGCCCUUGAGGUGUGGUUGUCAGAAUUUUAUGAACUGAUAGAGGGAGGGAUCUUACUAUGUCAUUAUUAUUUUCCUGUUUUUGCUACGCAAGAGUGGAAAUACCUAUUAAUUCCCUUUUUCCUGGGCCACUUUUUAAAAAAUAAGCAUACAGGGUUGAAGGAAAAAAAAUAACAUGAUUAUUAUAGAAAGAAACCCGUUCGAACUCUGUGAGAUUUGUCAUCAGUCUCAGCAUGUCACAGGUACACUUUAGUUUUGUUGUAAAAAGAUAUAUAUAUGGUCUAUUUUUAUGCUCUUUUCGGGCCUAUUUUGUGCUUUUUUAAACCUUGUGUAGAGAUCUUAUUACAAAAUGAUUUUCUACAUUAAAAGAGACUGAAAGAAAUUUUGCAGUUAAUGCAUAUGGAUAUUUCAGGACUCUGGGAUUACUUUAAUCUUGAAGUAGUGGGUGGUAUAACCAAACCAUCUCCUUCUUGAUGGUGUCUUAGUAAUCUGACUUUACAGUGGCAUCUGAGAGGUAAUCAGAUUGUUUACACAGAAAUCAUAAGUUACCUCUUGCUGCUUCUCUGAGUUUUGCCAUGUGGUAUGACUUGGCAUUUUGUUCUGUUUGGUUUUCAGACCCGUGUCCACUUUAGUGUCGAGGACAGUUGAUUUCUGUAGUUAUAAAUGAAGCUCAGUAUUUCCACCUGGAUCUGACAAGACACUUUCUUAACUAUAAAAAUUCAAAGAUAGUGUUAUAAAGAUACUUAGUAUAGCUCCUCAGCCAUAAUCUGAGAUGCGGGGUCAGAUUUAAGCCUCAGGCAUGAAUAACUUUUGUAAAUCACUUUUUUAAUACUCUAUCAGAAUGGCUCAUGUUUUCAGGCAGUCAUGACUAUUAAGUCAAGAGAAAGGUAUUUCAGGGAGAUAUUGCCUUUCCUCCCCCAUAAGUCUUUUUUUUUUUUCUCCCUCUUUCUGGCCUCAAGAGCACUCUAUUGAUUAAUGUUCUGACUUAUCAAAUUCAAGUGAGUUUAUUUGUGUAUUGUUUAUUUACAGAAAACCUUUAAAUAUGUGCAAGUACAUUUCUAAUCAUAAGCAAAGUCAAGAUUUGUAAUUAAACAAAUCAUUGUAAGGUAUGGUCUUUUCACACAUUUAUGUCUUGGCCACCUGUUAUGUCACCUGUCAUCUAUCUCAUGACUGAAUAGUAUUGUUUGCAAAUGGUAUCCAACAAAGAUAAUCAAAAGUUUUUAAUAACCAAAGGUAGGGGAAAUCAUUUUACUUUUUAAUAAAUAUUUUAUGGUGUGAA